GCGUGGAUGCUGACAACAAUCCAGCUGCUACGAUGCUAGAUGCUGCCUGGCCCUACCAGGUGUGCGACAACCUUUUCUGUGCCUACUUCUCGGCUGAGCUUCUCAUUAGAUUCAUGGCAUUUGAGCUGAAAAGAAACUGCCUCCGUGACCGAUGGUUCGUUUUCGAUACCUUUCUAGUGUUGAUGAUGGUUGCGGAGACCUGGGUCUUGACAAUUCUGUUCGCGGCCAUGGGUACAGGCCUCAAUGUGCCAACAGGCUCUUUGCGGCUUCUCCGCCUGCUCCGCUUAAGCCGGCUGGUUCGGUUGCUGCGAUCUGCGCCGGAGCUGCUGACCCUCAUAAAUGGCAUGCGCGUGGCUUCUAGAGCUGUCUCGUCUGCCUUGCUGCUGAUCAUCUUGCUGAAUUACGUGUUUGCUAUUGUCUUGCUUCUGUUCUUGGCCGACAUUGAGGACGAGGACGUCCAAGCUUCUUGGUGUGGUCCAGGCAUGUGGACUCUUGCUUUGGAUGGGACGUUCAUGGAUGGAACAAAGGACAUCUUUGAGUCGCUGAGGACCUUGGACGAACGGAGUGGGUAUGUGUACCCAUGGUUCCGCGGUUGGGCAGUGAUUGGAGUUUUCACGCUGUACUUGCUGCUGACCAAUGUCACAGUCAUGAACAUGCUUAUUGGCAUUUUGUGCGAAGUUGUUUCGGAAGUGAAAAGAGAAGACGAGGAGGGUGUUGCGAUUGACUUCAUGAAAGCUCAUCUUCGGUCCAUGCUUACCGAGAUCGACAAGGAUGGAAACGAAAAUAUUUCGAAGCAGGAGCUAGCGUCUGUGGUCGAAGACGAGAAAGCGCAGAAAGUCCUCUCAGAGCUGCAGGUCAAGCCCGAAGAUGUGAUCGAUCUCACGGAGUACCUCUUCGAGCAAGACAUCGACGCCGGGCGCGAGCAAGAAGUCACACGUGAAGAGCUCCUGGAGGUGAUUUUGAAGAUUCGCGGCGGGCGAGAAAUCUCCAACCAG